GAGAACCCUUCCUUCUCUUGCUCUUUCUGAGUCAUAGAACUGGAAAAUUGCUGUAUAGCCCACAGGGAAGCAACUGCCUAAGUCUUCUUAUGAGAAUCAGCAAGGCCAACAAUGUAAGAAAUUGGCAAACAUGAAUUGACUGGGCACAAAGUUGCUGUGAAGAUACUCAAUCGACAGAAGAUUCGAAGCCUUGAUGUGGUACCAGGUCAUCAGUACACCAUCUGAUAUUUUCAUGGUGAUGGAAUAUGUCUCAGGAGGAGAGCUAUUUGAUUAUAUCUGUAAAAAUGGAAGGCUGGAUGAAAAAGAAAGUCGGCGUCUGUUUCAACAGAUCCUUUCUGGUGUGGAUUACUGUCACAGGCAUAUGGUGGUCCAUAGAGAUUUGAAGCCUGAAAAUGUCCUGCUUGAUGCACACAUGAAUGCAAAGAUAGCUGAUUUUGGUCUUUCAAACAUGAUGUCAGAUGGUGAAUUUUUAAGAACAAGCUGUGGCUCACCCAACUACGCUGCACCAGAAGUAAUUUCAGGAAGAUUGUAUGCAGGUCCAGAGGUAGACAUAUGGAGCAGUGGGGUUAUUCUCUAUGCUUUAUUAUGUGGAACCCUUCCGUUUGAUGAUGAUCAUGUGCCAACUCUUUUUAAGAAGAUAUGUGAUGGGAUCUUUUAUACCCCUCAGUAUUUAAAUCCAUCUGUGAUUAGCCUUUUGAAACAUAUGCUACAGGUGGAUCCCAUGAAGAGGGCCACAAUCAAAGAUAUCAGGGAGCAUGAAUGGUUUAAACAAGAUCUUCCAAAAUAUCUCUUUCCUGAGGAUCCAUCAUAUAGUUCAACCAUGAUUGAUGAUGAAGCCUUAAAAGAAGUGUGUGAAAAAUUUGAAUGCUCAGAAGAGGAGGUUCUCAGCUGCCUUUAUAAUAGAAAUCACCAGGACCCGUUGGCAGUUGCCUAUCAUCUCAUAAUAGAUAACAGGAGGAUAAUGAAUGAGGCCAAAGAUUUUUACUUGGCAACAAGCCCACCUGAUUCUUUUCUCGAUGAUCAUCAUUUGACUCGGCCCCAUCCUGAAAGAGUACCAUUCUUGGUUGCUGAAACGCCAAGGGCACGCCACACCCUCGAUGAAUUAAACCCACAGAAAUCAAAACACCAAGGUGUAAGGAAAGCAAAAUGGCAUUUGGGAAUUAGAAGUCAAAGUCGACCGAAUGAUAUCAUGGCAGAAGUUUGUAGAGCAAUUAAACAACUGGAUUACGAAUGGAAGGUUGUAAACCCAUAUUAUUUGCGUGUUCGAAGGAAGAAUCCUGUAACAAGUACAUACUCCAAAAUGAGUCUACAGUUAUACCAAGUGGAUAGUAGAACGUACUUACUGGAUUUCCGUAGUAUUGAUGAUGAAAUUACUGAAGCCAAAUCAGGGACUGCUACUCCACAGAGAUCAGGAUCAGUUAGCAACUAUCGAUCUUGCCAAAGGAAUGAUUCAGAUGCUGAUGCUCAAGGAAAAUCCUCAGAAGCUUCACUUACCUCAUCUGUGACCUCACUUGACUCUUCUCCUGUUGACUUAACUCCAAGACCUGGAAGUCACACGAUAGAAUUUUUUGAAAUGUGUGCGAAUCUAAUUAAAAUUCUUGCACAGUAAACCUAAAACUUUGCUUAUUUCUUUGAUAGCAAUAAGCAUGCAUAAAAAAUCAUAGCCAAAUGCUUCCAUUUAUAAUCAAGUUAUAACUGAGGAUUGGCCUUUUGGAAUGCAAUUUGCACAGGAAUUGGAACAUGAUUAAUAGUUAAAAGCCUAAUGUGCAAAAAUGAAUUAAGAUAAUUUUGUUCAUUGUUCAGUAGGCAUAUAGCAUAAUGUAAUUUUCACAAUGAAUUAUAGGUCUCUCAGGCUCACUUGAUUUUUGGCUGUUUUAUAUUUAAUGUAUACAGGGCUUUGUAGAAUAUUAAUUUACCAUAAAGGCCUUCAUGUAUUAUUACAAGUUGAUAUGUUCUAUAAUUGCUUCAUAAAUUUAUUCAAUAAAUAUUUGCCUA